AUGGUCUAUUCAAAAGCUCAACGCUUGGAAAUGGCUUAUGAUCAGGCAAUAAAACAGUUAAUCGAUGGAAAACAUAUAGCUAUAAUCGAUGAUUCUAUAGCAACAGGAGGGUCAAUGCUGGCUUCUGCACAACUGAUUGAACGGGCUGGUGGAAUAGUGGUUGGAUGUUUUGCUCCGUUCAAUGAUAAUAGACAUGACCGUUUACAAGCACAUAAAGUGAAAGGUGCAUGGAAAUCUAUACAGGAAAAUUGUUUUGUAUUAAUUGCAUUAGAUAAAUAUUUUCACAUAAAAGAAAAAGAUACACCAGAUUUUGUUGCUAAUAUUUGGCUUGACAAUGAUUAUUGUGGUCAACAUCAAUAUAAAGGUCGAACGACAAAUACACACACGGUAAAUAUUCCGAUGAAAGUAAUCUUAUCACCAUCAUCAUCCGAUACAAGUAAUAAUAAUAAUAAGAAGAAUUUAAUCAUGCACAAAGAUGGUAAUGGCCGAUUAUAUUAUCGUAUUGCAUUGAAUUAUGCUCCAUCAAAUUUACAAUUAAAUGCAGUUAACUAUGGUUUUAAAGUUGAACGCACAUACAUAGCUAUCAAUGAUUCAUCACAUGCUCAGAAACAAUCAGAUGGUACAUGGAAAUUCAAGUUAGGUGAAAAAAUCAAAGUCAUAUUAAUAAUGACAACAACACAACGACGAUAUCACAUAGCAUUAGUUGAUUAUUUACCAGCUGGCUGUGAACCAUUAAAUACAAAAUUAAAAGGUACAUUGACUGGCGAUACACAAUCAUCAGUAACAAGAUCAAACAGAAAUCUUUAUUAUUGUGGAUGUCGACCAUAUUCAACUAUUGGUUGGACUGAGCAUGAAAAUUUACGAGAUGAACGUGCUGAAGCAUUUCGAUCGUUAUUAUGGCCUGGUGUAUAUGAAUGGACUUAUGUAAUGCGUGCAACAUGUGCUGGAACAUUUAUCAUUCCACCAGCUAAAGCCGAAGAAAUGUAUUCACCAGAAAACUUCGGUCGAUGUGGUACGGAAAAGGUUAUAAUUGAAUAA